UCAAUAAUGUUUAAGAAUAAGAAAAUUAAAGUUCACAAUGAUGCAAAAUAAAGUUAAAAGUGCAUUAUUCAAAACAGACUGUUGUUCAAGUUUGUUUGAAAAUGACUAUAUUAAGAUUAAAAUAGUAGGUAUUAUAAAUACUAGUGCUUUUCAAAAAGCACGAAUAUGUGCAGAAAAAUUGUAUCAGCAUAUGUCAUUUAAAUUUACAUUGCCGCAAAUUAUAGAAAUGUUUCAAAUAGACUGGCAUGAAUAUAUUGAAAAAAUGAAAAGACAAAUUGGUGGAAAAAUGUGGUCAUUAAAACGGCCAGUAGCAGUUUUUAUAAACAAUGAAUUUAUUGGUAGUGAUAUGGAAUUUUUUCAUUAUAUAAGCGAAGAUUAUAUUUUUAGUUUACCUUUUGGAAUAGAAUAUUACGAAAAUAUUGCCAUAGAGCGUUGUAAGCAAUUUAUGGAAAAAUCUAAGAGAAUAUAUGUUUAUUUUACCUUUACUAUAAACAAUCGUAUAGCCGGCUCGUUCGUAUUUAUGUUGUAUUCUGAUUUAUUACCAUUAACUUGCCAACAUUUUUUAAACCUUUGUAAUGGGUAUGAUGAAGUAAAACAUUGUUAUAGAGAUGCUUAUUAUAUAAAUACACGUGUACAUCGUAUCGUUAAAAAUGGAUGGAUUCAAUGUGGAGAUGCUGAACUAUCUGAAAUCAGUGAAGAUAGGGCAGGUAAUGUACCUGUGAUACCUGAUGAGUCUUAUUGUAUUCCUCAUGAUCGUCGUGGAGUUCUUUCAAUGGCAAAUGAUGGGAAACAUUGUAAUCAAUUUCAAUUUAUUGUAUGCUUAAAGCCCAAUCCUUGGAUGAAUCAUUACUAUGUUGCCUUUGGGCAACUGAUAGAUGGUGCUAGAACUUUAAAAAUAUUAGAAAGUAUUUCAACUUAUUAUGAACAUCCUAUUAAACAAAUACUGAUCUUACAAUGUGGAGAGUAUUGUCUUGAAGAAGAACCUAAAAUGGAAGCAGAAUCACAAGUUUUUCUUAAACAUCAACCACCAUCAAGUAUCGAAGGAGAAGCUACAAGAAUUAUUAGUGACAAUAUGUUUGACUUUUAUUGUAUCACACCGUGGCUUGAUAAUAUUGUAGAUGUAAUAGAUGUCCGUGACACAGCAUCCCUCUUAAUGGUUGAACGAUAUUUAAAUGGUCUUUAUUGUCUUUCAACAGACUAUAUGCCAGGAAUGGAUAUGCGUGUUUAUAAAAAACUUAGUUCAGUUUCUAUUGCAAAACGUAAUACAACUGUUAAGCUCUAUCAGUUAUUAAGAAAUUUUCAACCUGAUAAUAUGACUGAACUAGAAAAAAGAAUAUUCAUUUCAGACAUUUCUGAAAUCAUUAUAGCUUAUAUCUUUUAUCAUGAACAUAAUGAAUUUUGUUUAAAACACAUUUCAAUGGAUACUCAUAGAAUAAUACAUAAAAUAUUAGAAAAUGCACAUAAAAUAGCACAGAAAGUUGUUGAAAAGGCUGAAAAGAGAUCUUUAAUUUCACGUGAAUGCGGAAGUUUAAAUAUUACAAAAAUGUUUGAAACAUGUAUGCAAGAUAUAUUACCUUCAGAAAAUUGUUUGUUACUGCUGCAAGAUAUAUUGAACAAAGCCAUAUUAUGUUUAAUACAAGUGAUUGAUGUGCAAGAAUAAUAUAGUAUACAGGUAAGGAAAAUCAUUAAAGACUCAUUUAAAUUAAAUGUACGAAUUGUUUGUUCCGAAUUUUAAUAUCGGAACUUCACUGAAUUGUAAUACAUAUAAAUACUUCAUUUUUUAUAAAAAUUUAUAAAUACACGAUUUUUUGAUAUCACAUAAUAGUAAUAGUUAAUCUUAAAUUUUAUACAAGAACAACACAAACUACAAACAACUAGUAUUUUUUAAAACAAUAAUCUAUAUCUACAUCACUGCUUAAUUUUAGUAAAUAAUCUCUUUCCUCGUCCUCUGAAAGCAGUUUUUUUAUUAGCCGUAUUUGAUUUUUCUUCAAUUGGAGAAGAUUUGUCAUGAAAUGCGUUAUAUAACAUUUGCGCUUCAUUUUUAUUUUCAAUCAUUUCCGUAAGUUCUUCCUAUAAAAAAAUACCAAUAUUCGUUAUUAAAUUUAUGCUUCGAAAUAAUGCCGAAUAAUACGAAAUACUAUCGGUCGCUUAAAAGAUUUAUAGUACAUUACAUACUUUUGUAAGUUUAUUAAGAUGAUCUAAUGAUUGUCCUUUACUCAAAACAGAUUGUAAAUUUUUGGUAGUAAUUCCUGGUAAUUUGGAAACAAAAUCUUGUAUUCGAGGAUUAAAUUUUUCUACCGCUAUCUGCUUAGUUUCUUCCAUUCCAAUCUGAGCUGCUUUAGCUGCAUCUGGUUGUUCUCUUCCUUGCUAUAAAUUUUGAUGAAACAAAAUACAUUUUGUAUACAAGUUUGUAUACCAGAAUGUCAUUAAUUAUAAUUUUAAAAAAAAUUAUUCAUUACCUUCAAUUCUUCAAAUAACUGCGCCGUUGCGUGAGGGCCGGGCGACCACACAAGUUUUAAUCGAGGAAAAUGUAGAGUUAAAAGUUGUAGUUUCGAAGUGAUAAACAUAUUUUGUAUAUCUUUACUAGCAUAGUAAUAUCCCUG